AACACUUCAUUUGUCUAUUUGUGCCAGUAUUACGUCAUCUGGAAAAAUAGGGGAGAUAAAGUUACCGGAAACAGCAGAAAACUAGCAGUUUUUGGGAAAGUAACUGGUCACACUAGCAUAGUCAAAAUGUCAUUGUCACGUUGCGGCGCGGCGUUGCCGAUUCUGUCACUUGCAUUUGUGAAACUAUUAGUGCCUAGUGGUGUACGGGCCUAUAGUGGUAGUGCCAGUGUAUCUAAUAAGAACAUCGUCUUCACAAGCACUAAAAAGAUGUUCAUCUCUGAGGAGCGUGGUUCUGCCUACGCGCCAGAUUUCCGGGUAUACUUCAAGGAUGAAUGCGGCCCCAUUUCACCGCUGCACGACAUUCCACUAUGGGCCGACAAGGAACACCGUAUUGCCAACAUGAUCGUCGAGGUGCCUCGCUGGUCAAACGCCAAGAUGGAGCUUAGUCUUACUGAACCCCUGAACCCCAUUAAGCAAGACGUCAAGAAAGGCGCCCUGAGAUUCGUAGCCAACGUCUUUCCUCAUCACGGUUACAUCUGGAACUACGGAGCGUUGCCCCAGACGUGGGAGAACCCCCAGCACAUAGAUGGGGGCACCCAGGCGCGGGGGGACAACGACCCCAUUGACGUCAUCGAGAUCGGGUCCCGGGUAGCGUCGCGGGGUGACGUCAUUCAGGUCAAAAUCGUCGGCACGAUAGCUUUAAUUGAUGAAGGCGAGACCGACUGGAAGCUAGUGGCUAUUGACAAGCGGGACCCCUUGGCCAAUGAUAUCAACGACAUUCCUGAUGUCGAGGCAACCUUCCCUGGACUCCUGAAGGCCACAGUGGAGUGGUUCCGGCUGUACAAAGUACCUGAUGGCAAGCCACCGAAUCAAUUUGCCUUCAACGGGGAAGCCAAGAACGCAGAGUUCGCGCAUAAGAUUGUUGAUGAGGUCCAUGAAUUCUGGCGUGGUCUGAUUAACGGCGAUGGCAGCGAAGGUGCUGAUAUCAACAAAAUGAACGUGAGCGUGGAGAACAGUCCGUACCGCGUGGAGCGCGCCGAGGCCAGCAAGCUGCUGGCCGCCGCCCCGCCGCGGUCGCUUCCCCAACAACAGCCGCCAUACGUGGACAAGUGGCACUUCCUCUCCAACAUUUAAAGUGCCUUAGCCGCCAUACUACAGCCGUAGCUUCACCCUUCGUGUCUCGACAAAUAUUCACUCUAGCAACACUUGAUGUUAUUUAUUUAAUUUUCUUCAGCAGGGCAACACCUAUGCGUACAAUUAGGUACAAUUAGGAUUUCAGUUUGUGUUUAAGAAUAAGUUGAAUAUGCGAAAGAUUGAUUCUGAAGUAGCAUUUAUUAGAACAGGGUAGAGACGCGAAAUUAUUAUCGGGCAAAUAAUUUUAUCAGUGAAUGUUAUUGUAAGAAUUAUUUAUGUACAGUAAAUAAAUGAACAUUUUUAA